AUGCGAGAGAAGAAAACUGAAGAUAUGAAAUUCCCGACGGAUUUUGCGAACGAGUUAAAGAACUACCGUGAUGAAUGUGUCAUGUUCAAGCAAGAGUUGUUGAAACUAAAGGAAAGGAACAAUGGUUUACGCAACGUUAUCAUCACGUCGUCUGUUGGAUUUGUAGUGGCAGCAGAUUACAUUGUCCGUUUGUAA